GAGAGAGCCGUCGGAGAAAACAAGAUUCCAGUCAGAGGAGGCUGCUCAACUUUGCUGAAGUUCGAAUUCGGACAGCGCUGGACAAGAGCUCCAGACAAUAAUCAUGGACCAUACAUGGGAGGAACUGGAUCAGCUGGCCGCUGGCUACAUUUCAGACACCAUGAGCUAUAUUCACACGGUGCAGGAGUUCUGCAUCAUACACUCAAUGUGGCUCCUACAUAGAAAGUCUGAGCUGAAGAGGAUGCAAGACGUCAUCAUGGACAGAGCGAAGAAGAUCAACCCCACAGCUAACCACUGCCUAAAUUCAGAGGACAAGAUGAAGGCCUUCGGGGAGUAUAUGUGCAGCAAGGUGACUGAGGUAACUGCAGAGGGAAGGACCCAGGAGCUGGAGGAGGAGCUGGGAUGCCUGCUCGAAGACACCUUGAAGGGGCUUAAGAAGCUGACCCCGUUCCUGGAGGCUGUGGAGAUGCUGGCGGUCACGUCGCUCUCCGUCUUCGAGGAGGAGAAUCCGGUGUGCCAGCUCCCUGAGGGGGUGAGCGCUGAUGCCGUUCGUUCAGUCAUCGCCGCCGCCAGGCGAGCCUGUCCGCUUUUGAUCCAUUUCCAGAGAGACAACAGCGAAUUCUUUCAGACCAGCCUGGUGAACAUGGACCUGCUGGCUUUCCAGCUGGACAAAUACUUGAGGGUUUCCCAGAAGUUGUAUGAGAUGCUCCAGGAAAGUUCAGGAAGUAUACCAUUUCAUGGAAUUAAUUAUAGGGCAGAGAAUGCCUCUGAGAAUGACCCAUGCCCCAUUUUGACCAACGAAGCCAUUCAGAACAUGUUUGACCAUUUGACUGAACUGAGGCGCAUCAGAUUAGACCAGCACUUCAGAAUGACCUACCUGUCCAGGGGAUCAGCACAGCAGUUCAUCGACCAGUUCAGCCAGAGCUUCUCCAAGAUGCAGCAGUUCCUGGAGGCUCUGGAGAAAGAAGCAGUGCAGCUGGACAGGAUGAAGAUGGGGGCCAGCAUCUUCCGCAUUUUGUGCAGUGUUCUGGGCUUUGUGGGAGGCAUUUUGUCCGUUGUGUCUGUUGUGUCCAUUGUGUUAUUGCUGAAUGUCGGCUCAUGCCUGGGGAUCGCCGGUGCCAUAAUCGGCAUAUUGAUAUGUUGCAUCGAAAUCGGUUUCAACUUUUGCCAUGGCAAAAAGAUAAAAAAAAUCUUUGAAAACUACUCUAAAGAUGUGAAGAUUAUGCUGGAGUGUCUGGAGAAAGCAGCCAGUCCCAUUAUACGCAGCACGGUGCCAGAUGUGCUGAAUGUUAUAGCUACUGUUCUGAAGGCCGCCAAAAUUACGUAUUCCCUGAUUAAAGUUAUAGAUAUCAUCGCGGAUGCUUCCACCCUCGGAGCCGAAGAGGUGGCCUCGAGUACAGUCAAGGUAGUGACUCAGGAGGUCAAAGCUGCCCGAAACAUCACCAACAUGGCAGCCAAUCUCACCGAUAUCAGGCAGUUGGCUAAGGGCACUCCCCCCGCACGAAGCACAUGUGACCUUGUGUUGAUCAUCGGCAGCAAUGUCUUCUGCAUGGGCAUGGACCUCUAUUUCAUCUACAAAGAAAUAAAGACCCUGGCCAAUGGGGACAAGAGCGAUGUGUCAAAGGUGAUCCGCAGGAGGGCCAGUCUGUUGAAGACCGAGCUGGAUGAAUGGGAGAAGAUCCAUGGCUCUCUGUGCACUGGGUUAUCGAGCUUCGAAACGAGUGAGGAGGUCCUACAGAGGCCAUUUUACACCUUGCAUGAAGAAUCCAGUUAGGCUGUAACAACUGCAACUGUUUUGACACCUGGGGCCUCAUUUUCAUAACAAUGUUACGAUCAAAUUGUAUCUUAAAUUGUGGCUUAUGCAGAAAACGAUGAGUGAGUAGUUAUUUCUGAAAUCCGACUUAGAGAUGAAUUCAUAAAUACAUCAAUGUAAAGUUUUUAUGAGAGGCAAGUUAAUUGCCAGGCGGCACGGAUGGUGCAGUGGGUAGCACUGCUGCCUCAGAGCAAGGAGGUCCUGGGUUUGAAUCCCCGUCAGCUGGGGCCUCUCUGUGUGGAGUUUGCAUGUUCUCCCCGUGUUUGUGUGGGCCCCCUCUGGGUACUCCGGUUUCCUCCCACAGUCUAAAGACAUGCAGGUUAGGCUGAUUGGAGAGUCUAAAUUGCCUGUAGGUAUGAGUGUGUGAGUGAAUGGUGUGUGUGCCCUGCGAUGGACUGGCGACCUGUCCAGGGUGUAUUCCUGCCUUUCGCCCAAUGUAUUCUGGGAUAGGCUCCAGCCCCCUUGUGAUGCUGUUCAGGAUAAGCGGGUUAGGAUAAUGAAUGAAUGAAUGAAUGAAUGAAUGAAGUUAAUUGCCUGCUGGUUUUACUGAGGUGCUGCAUAUUUGCUUUAAGAAUAGUAUUUUGGCAAUAGAAAAUGCAAUGUGGAGGAAAAUGCACAAGAUGGGGUAAAACACAUUCACAUUUGUAAUGUGGAAUUUAAUAUAUGUAAUAUGGAAAGAUUCGAUUUAGCCCUGUGCAUAUCAUGGAUAUUGACACGGCUGGAAUGCAAACUGACCAAUAGAGACAAUUAGUAAUGGGAACGUUCGUUCAUUUCGGAGAGCUGGAUCAUUUGGCUACGUUCGUUCAAAAGAUUUGUUCAUUCCCCUUUUACUAUUAAUUUAGUAUAAUGUGUAAACUCGCCUCACAGCAAGGAGGUCCUGGGUUCGAAUCCCCGUCGGCCGGGGCCUCUCUGUGCGGAGUUUGCAUGUGUCUGCGUGGGUUUCCUCCGGGUACUCCGGUUUCCUCCCACAGUCCAAAGACAUGCAGGUUAGGCUGAUUGGAGAGUCUAAAUUGCCCGUAGGUAUGAGUGUGUGAGUGAAUGGUGUGUGUGCCCUGCGAUGGACUGGCGACCUGUCCAGGGUGUAUUCCUGCCUUUCGCCCAAUGUAUGCUGGGAUAGGCUCCAGCCCCCCUGCGACCCUGUUCAGGAUAAGCGGGUUCAGAUAAUGGAUGGAUGGAUAAUGUGUAAACUGCCACCAAAGUGUAAUUUACACAAAUAUUUUUACUUUUUGGAUUGCACCCAGACAGUAAGUGAUUGGAUCUGGCCCAAAGUAAGUUGGUACGGGCACAGAUCCGGUCCGGCUACACUUCCUAUGUGGGCAGCUGG